CUCGAAGUAGGAAUCUUCUUUUACAUUACAAAAAAAUAAAAAUAAAAAUAAUUCCCCAAACCAAAAAAUUCCGCGCCAUCUCUAGCCAUGGCUAUCUCUACUCCUCCGCCACCACCCAACCCUUCCUCCUCCGCCUCAGCUGCUCCCGCCACGGCGGCGACGGCAACGACGACGGCGACGAGACCUCUAUAUUCCAACUCAAGACCAAUCACUGCACAGCCACAUCCUUUCCCUCCACAAUCUCAGCGGUUCUCUUCAAAUCAAAACCCCAUUUACUCCCAAUUAGCUCCCCGCCCCGACCCUUCCACCGCUCCGCCGCCGCCGCAGCAGCAUAGCAUUCUCUAUCCAGUCGCUUCCUCCGGCCGGGGCUUUCUCUCCAGACCUGCCGCGCCUAGUCCGAAUCAAACUAAUUAUCUGACCCGACCUGCGGUUGCGUACUCCUCCUCUAUUCCCCCUUUCGGGAUUUCUGCUCAUAUGGAUCCGGGCUUGGGGCAGGGCUUGGGCUUCACCAGGCCGGCCAAUUUGCCGCACGCGCAUGUUAAUUCUACUGCCAAUGCUGGACCGAUUAUGCCUGUUGUUGUGAAAGGUGUUCCGGUUACUUCUGCGCAUCCAAAGCUGGCUCCACCUCUGCCUUCAUUUUCUGAUUUUAGUGGCUCAAAAGAUGGAAGGGACAGGAGUAAAGAUGAUUCUUUUGCAAUAGUUAGAGAAAGGAAGGUCAAAGUUUCUGAAACUGCUUCACUCUAUGCUCUCUGCCGGUCAUGGUUGAGGAAUGGUUUUCCUGAAGCAACUCAGCCACAAUAUAUGGACGUUGUAAAGUCUCUUCCCAGGCCUUUGCCUAUGGCUCCACAAGAUGCUGAGUCGCCUGCAAAGAAGGAAGAAGAUAAAGGAGAAGAGGAAGAGGAUGAUGCAUCAGUUGAGCAUUUAUCUACAGAAAAGCUUUUGCAAUUACAUGUCAAGCGUGCAAAGAGAAUUAGGUCCAAAUUAAGAGAAGAAAGGCUUAGGCGCAUUGCAAGAUACAAAACCAGGCUCGCUCUUCUCCUUCCUCCCAUGGGAGAUCAACAGUUCAGGAACGACUCCACUUCAGGAAACUGAAAUUCCAUGUUCAAAUUUUCUAAUAUGCGCAAACUCUAUCAAGCACAUCACUCUCGAGGAUGAAUGCCUAUCGACAUAAUCCCCGAGGGAACAAAUGGUGACGAGGACUCAACUUGGUGCACAGCACGAACUUUGAGACAAACCACUGAACUCGUGGAAGUAGCUAAGUAUUUGUGUCAGUUUUGUGUGUUAAUGUUAUGCUAUAGACAAUUCCUUUUACCUGUGAAGAGUUAGCUAAUUAUUCAUAGUUGAGUUUGUAAUCAGUGUAAGAGUUGUGAGACAAAUAUUAGGAAGACUGAAGCUGAAGUUCACCUUGGCCUGGGCUUUUCACCCUGCAGGAGCUCAUGAACCUCAAUCUACUUGUACUAUAAAAUAAUUGAUUAUAUAAUCUUUAGAAAUGUUUUUAUAUUUUUCAUGUUUUAAGAAAUUGCUUCCUUGUCAA